GUACGUAUUUAGCCGCGUCCAUUAUAGAGACCUUCUUAGCCUCACAGAGAAUCACACUCUUUCAUGGAUUGAUUUAUAUAACCAACAUCUUGUAGAAAUCAAUGACGACCCUGAUGAUUUAAUUGGAUGAUAUUCAAGAAGUUGAUGGUAACGAUUCUAAUGAAGAAGACGACGACACACCACAGGAAGCGUAUGAACUUCGAACUGACUGGAUGUUACUGGCUGAAAUGAUGCCAAAUAGACAGACGCGUAGCCUAGAUGACUUUAGUGCCCGUGAUAUUGAUAGAAUCACGACCGGGUUAAUACGUGAAAGAGUAGAAUCCAUAGCACCUUUAAGAAUUAUUAUCAUGGGUACUGCUGGAACCGGCAAAUCUUACCUUAUUUAUGCUAUUCAGAGCACUAUUCAUUCGUCACUUUCUGUUCCAAUAUGCGGGGCAAACAUUGAGAAUCUUUGAAAGAAAACCAAAAUAUAUAGAAUAUUUUAUAAUCGAUGAAAUGAGUAUGGUAGGACGUCGUUUUCUUGCUAUAAUUGAUUUACUAAGGCUGUGGUAAACAUUUCCGGAUCACUACAAUAUUCCCUUUGGUAGCCGAUCCAUAAUUCUUGUUGGUGACUUUGGGCAGCUUUCCGGCAUGUGAUGUUCCCGUGAUGGAAGGUCUACACGAUCCGAAUUCCAGAAAAUAUUCCUGAAUCAGAGAGAAAAACUUCAGAUGCCAUCAAUGU